AUGUGGCUGCCAGACAUUGCUGAUGUAAAUGAAGGAUAUUAUCUUUCAUCACUCAUAUCCAAUUAUGCAAUUUUGGCCGUACAAGCAGGAGGUCAUGCCAUCAUCGAGAUAUUUGAAGAAAAUUCACUUGAAAUUGUUCGGAAAUCAAAAACUGAUGAAGGAAAAGACGAAUUAUUAACAAGAGCCGAUCUAACUUCCAAUUUUAUAAUUUUGAAAAUGCUGGAAAGAUCUUUAGUUUCUCUUUAUAAGGUAAUAUCGGAAGAAAAAAAUGGAAAAAUCAGUGUGGAUAUGCUUAAAUAUGAAUUAAAUCGAUACGAAUCAUAUAACAAAAUUCAGAAUUUAAUUGACAAAUUACCUCCUCGUAAGUAUAAUAUUUCCGAUCUUGAAAUAUGGUUGGAUCCAUUGGAUGCUACUCAAGAAUAUACAGAAGGGCUUGUCGAGUAUGUUACAGUAAUGCUUUGUGUAGUGGCUGAAGGCAGCCCAGUUUUCGGAGUUAUACAUCGUCCUUUCUUUAAUCAAACUUGUAAUAUUUUUUUCAAUCCAUCUCAUGCUGGUAGUAUUAAAGAUUUGGCGAAAAAAGCCUUUGGCUCCGAUUUUGAAGUGGAACCUGCUGGAGGUUCUGGCUAUAAAGUUUUAAGAUUGCUAAAUGGAACUGCACAAUUAUAUUUGCAUAAUACAAAUAUAAAAAAGUGGGAUAUAUGUGCGGGUGAUGCAAUCCUUGCAGCAAUAGGUGGAAGUCUUAUGGAUUUAAGUGGUGAUCGAAUCGAUUAUGGCCAUAAUGCGAAUAUAAAAAUUGGAAAAGGACUUCUUGCAGCAUGGAAUAUUUUCAGGAUUAUAAUAAUCGACAAUGGUACUUAUCAUUUUGAGAAUUCUUUUAACCAAUUGAAUUCGACCAGUCGGCUUUUUUAUAAGAUGGUAAAGAGUGAAUCUAUGGAGGAAGCAAAUUCAUUUGAAAAACAUUCGUCCAGUUUUGCUUUUCGACCUUUUGGUAUACUUGAACCAUUUUGCAUAAAAACUGCUCGUAAAUAUAUCGAUUCUUCGAUUCAACUCAUUUGUGAAAUUGCGACGAUCAGAGGAGAUAUUUUAAAGAUUACACAAGAAUAUUUCCGUUUGAAAAAUGAAUUAUGA